AUGGCCGGAGAUAGGAGCACCAUCGCCUGGGGCUCUCUGACCCACACCAGAGCACCCUGCUCGCCCGGCUGGGGCUUCCUGACUGCCCUGAUUGCAUGCAUUUGCAUCGCCAAGGUGUCUGAGCAGCCCCGCCAAGGCAGCAGCGGGAGCCUCCUCUGGCAGGUGCUGAGUCUGGCGUGUGGCGAAGAGGAGCCGGCGUGCCCCAAGCGCCCCAUGCCACAAUACACCACUGCACUGCAAAGGGAGCAGAGCCGGCACCAGGCUGAACAGAGCCGUCCCGGGGCCCUCUGGCUGGGCGGGCAGCAGAAUCACCUCCUGCAUUGGCCCCUCACGCCAAAUGUCUCAGCGGGCCCCAACUGCUCACUCCUUCUUUGGGCAAGGUCUGCCUGCUCUGAGUCUUGCCUCACCUCUUCUCCUCGCCUUCUUCCAGCGCUGAAUCUAGCAAACGUUGACUGGAAAUGGAAAGAGAACACCCUGGCCCACCACACCGACCAGUACAGCACCAAGGAGCUGGUGGCGCGGCGGGGACAGCCGUUUGCUGUCACUCUGACCUACCGAGGAAGGAAGCCAUCAGGGAACCUCAUGUUUAUCAUGGAAACAGGGGCCACCCCUGCUCUUCAGGCCAAGACACGGGUGGCCUUUGCCAUGACCCAGACUCCACGCAGCGGCGCUUGGAGUGCGGUCCAGACCUCCAUCGGAGCCAGCAUGAUGACGGUCUCCAUCUUGAGUCCUCCCAACGCCAUCAUUGGACGCUACUACCUCAGCGUGACAACUGGCUUCGGGCGCAGCACCCCCGCCACCAGCAUGGGCACGGUGGUCUUGCUCUUUAAUCCUUGGCUGAGAGGGGAUGAUGUGUUCAUGGCAAACAAUGCCGAGCGCAAGGAGUAUGUGCUGUCCGAGUUUGGCCUGAUCUUUAGGGGCAGUGCGGAUCACAUCAGUCACUCGGGGUGGAACUUCGGACAGUUUCAAGAGGGCAUCCUGAACAUCUGCCUGGCCAUGCUGGACCGGAGCAGGAGCUUCACGCAGGACCCCCACAGCGACCUGGCUCGCCGCAACGACCCCAAGCACGUGGCCCGGGUGAUGAGUGCCAUGGUGAACAGCAACGAUGACUGGGGCGUGGUGGUGGGGCGCUGGAGCGGCGACUACUCGGACGGGGAGAUGCCCAGCACCUGGUCGGGCAGCGUGGACAUCCUCCGGCGCUGGACGGCGGCGGGCUUCAGGCCGGUCAAGUACGGCCAGUGCUGGGUCUUCGCCGGCGUGCUGGCCACCGUCCUCCGGUGCCUGGGCAUACCGACGCGCAUUAUUACGAACUUCGAGUCUGCCCACGACACAAAAAAAUCCCUCACGGUGGAUGUCCACUACGACACCAAGGGAAACCCUCUGAAGAACAAAGGAGACACCAUCUGGAACUUCCAUGUGUGGAACGAAAGCUGGUUUCUCCGAGCUGACCUGGGCCCUGCAUUCAAUGGAUGGCAGAUUUUAGAUGCAACGCCACAGGAGAGAAGUUCAGACAUCUUCCAGUGUGGCCCAGCUUCUCUGAUAGCCAUCAAAGAGGGAGACGUGGACCUGCGGUACGACACUCCCUUUGUCUUUGCGGAGGUCAACGCGGACCGCGUCACUUGGAUACACAACCUGUCCACGGGAGAAAAAAGGAGAAUUUACACAGACACCAAGAAAGUUGGCCAGUACACGAGUACCAAGGCCGUGGGCAGCUAUGCCCGCGUGGACGUCACCAGCAAUUAUAAAUACACCGAAGGCUCUGCUAAAGAAAGGACUGUCUUUGAAAAAGCUCAUGCAAAGAUGAAUCUGAACAUGAUGACCUACUCAUCCGCUUUAGCGGAAACCGCAAUGCCGCUUCCUCCAAAGCCCAGCAUUUCGGGGAAAUUCAAGGUGGAGCACACCCCGGAGGUGGGCAAAGACGUCCACUUGGCCCUGAAGCUCACCAACCAUGCUUCUGAGCCGAAGACGGUGGAGGUGCACAUGACAGCGUGGACCAUCAUCUACACGGGGAUGCCCAUCCAUGAGGUCUGGAAGAACACCCAGUCCGUGACCCUGGGCCCCAAAGAAGAGAAAACCUUCCCUGUCAAGAUCACCUACAAGGAGUACCACCAGUACCUGACGACAGACAACAUGAUCCGCGCCACAGCGUUAUGCCACAUAAAAGAGGGUGAAGGGGACAUCCUGGUGGAGCGCAUCAUCGUCCUGGACAACCCCAGCCUCACCAUCAAGGUGCUGGGCCAGCCGAAGGUGAAUGAGCUGGUGGCGGUGGAGGUGCUGCUGACGAACCCGCUGGUGGUGGAAGUCAAGGACUGCGUGCUGCUGGUGGAGGGCAGCGACCUGCUGGCAGACAAGCUCAAGCUGGACGCACCUCCGCUGGGGACCAAGCGGCAGGCCACCGUCCAGUUUGCGCUGACCCCCACCAAGGCCGGCACCAAGCAGCUUCUCAUCAAUUUCUCCUGCGACAAAUUUCAUGAUGUCAAAGCCUUCCAGACGCUGGAGGUGGCGCAGUGA